AUGGAGAUCAGCUAUCUGGACAAGCAAGAGGGAUAUGAAAAUAGUGCCCCCCAAAGAACUGGGAGGCAAGGUCGUGGUCUGGAGAGGGCAGACGGCCAUCAGGGACACUCCACUCGACUGUUUGUGCAGCUCGAUCGAGCUUGCUCUUGGCUCGAUCGAGUUGUGCCUCGAGUUGGUUGCCUCUCCUUCCUAAAACCUGUUCCUGCAAGACUUAUCUGA